UGUGUGUACAUUGUGGCACCCCUGCUCCUGAAUGUUGUGCCACGUGGGUGGAGAACCCUGGAGGGGCCCGUGCCGGUCAACCGCGCAGACGUCACGCAUUGGGAGAGGUGUGCGAAGGGGUAUAUCUGCCUAGAGAUGUGAUGGGGAGAUCAGCACCUUGGAGAGAGAUCCCUCUACCUGCGGUCCAGGACCCCGGCCAGCGCACGUGAGUUAGCAGAGUGGAAAAUCACUGACUCACCUGCAGCCUCUUUUCCUAAUGAGCAGGGAAUGGGAUUUAAGGCGCGGUCGAGGCUGCAGCCAGGCUCAGUUGGUGCCAUUCCUGAGCGUGUGAGAGUGUGGAAGGCAGGGAGAGGAAGGACCUGCAACGCCCAGCCAUACUGAACCUGAGGAAGACCCCACCUUCACGGACGGCAACACCGAAGACCUGGAAACGGACGCCGGUCACGAUUCACCCCGAGGCACCACAUAUGGUGGAGAAUGCGGGCAUACUGAUGCCACGCUGUGGAAGCUGAUCUGGGCCGAAGAACCAACACGGGUGAGAACGGAGAGUGAAUGGAAGCCACACCCCCUGGGGAAGAGCGAAGAAGGAGACGAUUGGCUGCCCCUACCCUCGCUGAGAUGCAAGAAGCGGAAGCAGAGGAGGGCUCCCGAGGGAUGAUGGAAGCGGCCAUCACGGAGCUGGCGAGGUCCCAGCGGGCCCUGCAGGAAGCGGUGGUCGAACUCUGCCGCCUAUCCCCCCGUGACGGAUCGAGACGAACCCCCCGAGAGGCGUUGACAAAGAUGACAGCUGAUGAUGACGUUGAGGCGUACCUCCAGGUGUUUGAGCGCGCCGCUCAACGUGAAGAAUGGCCGCCGGCAGCCUGGGCAGCCAUACUAGCCCCCUUCUUGACGGGAGAGGCCCAACAGGCCUAUCGAGAUAUGGACAUGGCUGACGCCACCGACUACCUCAAGUUGAGGAGAGCCAUCCUAGCCCAAUAUGGGUUCAGCCUACCUGCCCGAGCCCAGCGAUACCACGAAUGGGCCUAUGACGCCUCCCAGCCUGCCCGGUCCCAAAUCGCCGCCCUGACCCGCCUGACCAAGAGCUGGCUGGCCGAGGGAGAGGGGCCACCCCUGUUGGAGAGGGUGGUGUUGGACAGAUGCACCCGCGCUCUACCCCGGGAAGCCAAACGGGAUAUAGCCCAGGUGGGACCCACCUCCGUAGAACUGCUAGUGGGCCUCCUCGAAAACCAUCAGGUCACUCAGAAGAUGCUCCAACCUGAACGCACCAAAACCCCGCGCCGCCCAGUUAGGUGCCCAGCACAGGUGAAGCGCCCACCAGCCCGCCCUGACCAAAAUCGGCGGGGCAGACCUGCCGGAAGUACGGAGGCCCCCAGGUUCCCGAUACGAGUAGGGGGACAGGACACUGUAGCAGUGCUGGAUUCGGGCAGCGCCAUCACCUUGACUUAUUGGGAGGAGGGGCCCCGGCCUCUGAGGGAGACGAGGCCACGACGGCCCCACCGGGCUGCCCGCCAGAACCCCCUACCAGUCUGGGCCGCGACGUCUGGGGACAGUGAAGGAGAGGCCCUGCCACCUGAGAGGAAACGCCAACCCAGCACCCCGGCCACCAGUGGAACCAUCACUGCGUCCGAGAAAGAGCUUGGGGAGGCCCUGCCCCCGGAGAGAGAUGUCCGUCUAGCCUUCUCGGAGGGCCCCCAAGAGGUGAGCGAGGAGGCCGAAGCACCCACACGGGGGAGGAAGUGGAACAGCUGCUCGUCCCUCAACCGUUUGUGCCCCGAGUCCUCUACUUAG